AUGGAUCCAACCGCUACUCCACGGCACCUCAAAAUGGGAGCUGAGAACCUAAUUCCUUCCUCAUCGCCUGCGUUUGGCACACCAGCAAGGCCAUUUCGAAUGCAAAAAACACAUGCGCCUCCCACGAAGACAUCUAUCUUACCGAUUCUGCUUCCUCCGUCCACCCUCCGCCCAGUGGCUUUCCGAACGUUCACCCGCAAGCACAACCUUACUAUUUCCUCAUCAGCACUUCAGACACUAGCUGUCUUUGUGGGAAAGAACUGCGGCUCGGGAUGGCGAGAAGAAGGGCUUGCAGAGAGAGUUCUAGACGAGGUCGCAAAAAACUGGAAAAGAGCCGGCGGAAAUGUUAUCGUGGAAGAGGGGAAAGGUGCAUCAUUGCAAUCUAUCUUACAAACGAUUGAGGGGAGUAUGAGCGGCGGAAGAGUUGCAGCAGGGAAAAUCAACCCUCAUGACGCUUCUGCAAACCCACUGAAUGUCGGCUUAGACACUGGGCGGAAUGAAACUGGAAGUUCCACUACUGAAGGGACUAAGUCAGGCGAUGCAGAUGGAGAUGAUUCAAAGCUAUCACUUCAUCCGCGGCAUUGGCUCAAAGUCAUAGAGGCGUUUGACCUGCCUCGCUUGACUUAUAAUGUCGAUAAGAAAUACUUCGAGACGAUCAAGUCCAAGCCUACGUUAUUCCCGCCCCCGUUGCACAAGACCGCCUUAUUCAGAGAUCGCUAUAAUUUAGUCUACCAAAGAUUACUCCGCAACGAAUCCUUUCAAAGUUCUUUAGGUGUUGCAGGUGUCCCUUCACUUCGGCGAUCAGCGUCGAAUAUGGCGACCCAGCAAUCCUACAAGUUGACACCGAUUGCGAAUUUACUAGGCCGAAGCGGCAGCUCGCAUCUUUUGCUGGGCCUUCUGUCUAUGGCUCCCACUGGCGAUUUGACUCUGGUCGAUCUGACAGGAAGUGUGGCUCUGGACCUGAGUCACGCUCGCAUGAUCCCAGAAGAUGGUGCUUGGUUUGUACCUGGCAUGAUCGUUCUUGUAGAUGGUAUCUACGAAGAAGAGGAGAUGGUAAAGGGGUCUGUCCUGGGUGGAAACUCUGGCGUUGGAGGAACUAUUGGUGGCCACUUCGUUAGUGUAUCGAUCUGUGGUCCUCCUUGUGAGCGAAGGGACAUAUCGCUAGGAACAAACAGUCGCCAGGGAAGUGGUGAAGUGAGCUCCAGUGGUGGGUUUGGAUGGGUGGACUUCUUGGGGACCGGAAGUGAACGUGCACAGGGAGCACGUAUGAGAAAAAUCCAAGAGAAAGCACUCCGAGGUGAACCGGAGGCGAUGGAGGUGCCGCCUCGGUUGAAAAUGGUGGUGAUGAGUGAGGUCAACCUCGACAAUAUGAGAGCUUUGGACGCCCUUCGAAAGGUCUUUAACACCUACAACGACCUUGCUCUUGUGGACCGUCCUCAAACCUUUGUUUUGAUGGGCAAUUUUGUGCAAACGGCUAUCAUCAAUGGGGGUGGCCGAGCUGGGAGUAUCGAAUACAAGGAGCAUUUUGAUUCCCUCGCAAUUGUCUUGGCUGAGUUCCCUGCUCUAUUACAACAUUCGACUUUUGUUUUUGUACCCGGUGAUCAUGAUCCAUGGGCAUCAGCCUUUUCGGCCGGUGCUGCAUCUACCAUACCGCGGCACCCGAUUCCUGAACUGUUCACCUCUAGAAUCAAACGUGCAUUUGCAACAGCCAAUUCAGAACUCGAUAGAUCACAGAGCUCAGAGCCGAUGGGAGAGGUGGUCUGGACCUCGAACCCGGCACGUCUUUCGUGGUUUGGACCUUUGCAAGAUAUUGUCAUCUUCCGAGAUGAUGUUUCCGGCAGGCUGAGACGUACGGCUAUUGAUAUGCAUUCAAAUAACGACGAAGCCGACGCUACGAUGCAUGAAGCCCUUGAUAAUGCGGCAGGUGACGCAGUCUCUAUCGCACCAGAGGUAGUCGAUCAAGGGAAUGAAGGCAAGCCUGGCUCCGUGUCAGCGGCUGCGUCAGGGGCCCGCAAACUUGUGAAGACAAUUCUCGAUCAAGGAACCCUUUCCCCGUUCCCAUUGCCCCUGCGGCCUGUUCUAUGGGAUCAUGCUUCUGCUGUACAGUUAUAUCCAUUACCGACAGCUUUAAUUUUGGCAGACUCGGAGGCGGCGCCUUUCUGUAUGACCUACGAAGGAUGUCAUGUCAUGAACCCUGGGCGAUUCUUGCCUGAUGGCUCUGUCCCGACGGUGAGAUGGAUCGAAUAUGAUGUUUUACGCAGCCGAGGCAAGGUGAAGGAGGAGCGUUACUGA